AUGAGUACGAUUGAUCCAACCUCCGCGAAGAAGGUGGAAUACCCUCAGAGGACUAACGAAGCGAGAUAUAAGAAGCUCGGUUCUACUCACGGACGAUUGGAUCAGUUCAUCGGCGGCCAUUACGCCGAUUACAAUCUUUCCUCUUUACUGUUCGCUCAUCGAUCUGAUGAUACCAAACACGUCAAACUAGAAGUAUGGUCUGCACCCGGUCGAUCCAAGCCAUCAUUCGAAGAAGCCAAACGACAGAAUUACAAACCUGCCAAGAAAGGUGAAGAGUUCGGACCGUCAUGGACCAAUCAUUGGUUUCGAAUCACUCUUCAUAUCCCGACCGAAUGGGAGUCAUACGAGAGGAUUCAAUUCGAAUUUGAUUGUUCUGGAGAAGGAAUGGUUUUCACACCUGAAGGAGAUCCUAUUCAUGGAUUAACGGGUGGAUUCAACGGUGAUAGAAGAGUGGAAUUCAUCAUACCUGAUUCAAUGAGAAAAUCAGGUGUAGCACAUUUCUACAUUGAAGCAAGUUGUAACGGGAUGUUUGGAAUAGAUGAUAUGGAUCCACCCAAUCCAAAUCGUUAUUAUAAGUUAAAUUCAGCUGAUUUAGUCGUACCCAACAUGGAAUCAUGGAGAUUAAUGUGGGAUUUCAACGCUAUUCAUCAAGUCUAUAAUACACUUCCAGAUGAUUCACCUUUAAGUAAACAUUCCUUGACUGUCGCUAAUGAAAUCAUGAACGUAUUCAAAAGAGGUAGUUUGGAAAGCGUUCACAAAGCUAGAAAAGUAGCAGAAACUAUUUUAGGUAAAGAUUGGGAAAAUGAUAUUGGAAAAGAAAGUCAUAAAGCGGAAAAUCAAAAAGGUACUUUAUGGGGUGUAGGUCAUUGUCACAUCGAUACAGCUUGGUUGUGGCCUUUCUCAGUGACUCAACAGAAAUCAGCUAGGUCAUGGUCAACUCAAUGUGAUUUGAUAGAUAGAUAUCCUGAACAUCGAUUCUCUGCAACCCAAGCACAGCAAUUCAAAUGGACAGAGAAACUAUACCCCACUCUAUUCCAAAGGAUCAAAACGAAGAUAUCAGAAGGUACUUUCCAACCUUUAGGUGCGACUUGGGUCGAAAUGGACACCAAUAUGCCAUCUGGUGAAGCUCUCGUCAGGCAGUUCUUGUAUGGUCAAAGAUACUACGAGAGUAGAUUUGGAUUUAGAUCAAAGACUUUUGUCUUGCCUGAUACUUUCGGUUAUUCAAGUCAACUUCCUCAAAUUUCAAGACAAGCGGGUGCACCAAAUUUCUUCACCCAGAAGCUCUCAUGGAACUCAAUUAACAACUUCCCUCACAGUACCUUCAAUUGGGUAGGUCUUGACGGAUCCCAAGUUUUGACGCACAUGACUCCAGUGGAUAAUUACAACAGUCAGUGUGAUAUUGGUGAAAUCAGAAGGGGAAUGACGGGUCAUAAGAACCUUGACGUCACUGAACAAUCUCUCCUGCUCUUCGGUAACGGUGAUGGCGGCGGUGGACCUACUCCGCCCAUGCUUGAGAAGCUACGACGAGCUCGAGCAAUCGGCAAGAGAUCAGAUGCAGGUGGUCAGUUACCCUUAGUCAAGAUGGGCGGUAGUUUUGAUGAAUUCUAUGAUUCGGUCAGGAAGGAGACCGAUAACGGUACGAAGCUACCCUAUUGGCGAGGAGAGCUCUACUUUGAGCUUCACAGGGGAACUUACACCUCCCACGCUUCCAUCAAGAAGGGUAACAGGAAGAGCGAAAUACUUAUGCGGGAAGCAGAGUACGCUGCCACCAUCGCUAGUUUAAUUGAUUCAGAAUAUGAAUACCCCAAGGCACAAAUCGAUGCUGCUUGGGAGGAUCUUUUGCUAUGUCAGUUCCACGAUGUCUUACCAGGAAGUGGGAUAGCAAUGAUCUACGAAGACGCAGAAAAGAAAUACGCUGCGCUCCAGAUAUCGAUUCACACAAUUAUUAACGAGGCUUACGCUACUAUCUAUCGAUCCUCAAGCCCAAUCUCAGCUGAAGAACCAGCCAAAACCGCUGGACCGAUUUUUGCAGUAAACAAUAUCCCAAACUAUCCAAGACAAGAAGUCGUUGCCGCGUCACUUGAAGCCCAUUGCCAAAUCGGCUGUCGUUCCGCACAGAUUAGCAGAGAUGGACAGACUGGUUAUCUCUUAUUAGGCACCAAGAAAGACGAAGAGGGUCUUAUGGUCGCUAGUCCGAGAAGAUUAUAUGCGAAUCCAAGAGUUACGGUUGCCAAAGAAGGUGAAGAUCUAUUUGUCAUGAGUAACAAUACAAUAUCUAUGAAAAUGGAGAAUGGUAGAAUCACCAGUCUUUAUGAUAAAUCUCUCGAUAAGGAACUCAUUCCACAUGGUCAAAGUGGUGGAUUGGUCAUUAUGGAGGACCAUCCAAACUAUUGGGAGGACGUCGAUGAAUUUCAUCUUGAGAAACAAACUCAUCUUCGGUUCGAAUCUAUGCACAUCAAGGAAGAAGGACCACUCCGAGCUAUUGUUGGAGCCACUUUACAAAUCGGUCAAAGUAGGAUUGAAGUCGAUAUUUCGAUGGACGCCAUCGCAGCUUCGUUAAAAGAAGAUGCCAGAAGUAUGAUCAGGUUCGACGCUGCCAUCGACUGGAGAGAAAAACAUCAGUUCUUGAAAUUCGAAUUGCCUCUCGACAUAUUCUCGGAAUUCGCUACAUACGAGACUCAGUUUGGUAUUGUAGCUAGACCAACUCAUAGGAAUACAAGCUGGGAUGCUGCCAAGUUCGAAGUCUGCGGUCACAAAUUCGCUGAUUUGUCCGAGUAUGGAUACGGAGUUGCAAUUCUCAAUGACUGUAAAUACGGCUACGCUACUCAAGGUAAUAUCAUGCGAUUAUCACUCUUGCGAGCACCUACUCAACCUGAUGCCGAUUGUGAUAUGGGUACUCACUCUUUCUCAUUUGCGAUUUACCCUCAUGUUGGUACAUUCGUCGAGAGUGAUGUGGCUAAAGUAGCCUACGCUUUCAACACUCCUAUGAGGUUGAGAUACUCCAAAGAACCAAUCGAUAUAGCACUUGAACCUCUAGCUCUAUCCUCCCCUUUCAAGCUUGAAAAUGCCCCCAAUGUGAUGUUAGAAACUAUCAAGAGAGGUGAAGAUGAUGACUUCUCCGAGGAUGGAAAGAAGACUAUCAUUUUGAGAUUAUACGAACAUCUCGGUGGACACGCCAAGGCCACUUUGAAGGUUACCGGCUUAUCAAUCAUCAAAGCGGAAAUCGUCAAUAUUUUGGAAGAUCACAUUGAAACCCUCAAGGUUCAUACACCGUCCAAGCAUACUGCUAGCGAUCAAGAAGACAAACCUAAGAAAGAGGAAGUUUCAGAGCUCAAAACAUCUUUCAGAGGAUUUGAGAUCAAGACGGUUCGACUGACGAUCGAUACUCCUCAUCGCAAGAAGGGAAAAAAGGAAAGGAGGGAUUCUGAAAGUGGCUGGGUGAAGAUCUAG